AUGGACAAAAGUGGGCACACAUUCGGCCCUAAUACCGCAGAGGCGCGCAAGGCCUCACCAGAGUGCCCACUUCUGUCCGACAUCGCGGUGGGUAUACCCAGCGGCGUCAACUAAUUUUUUCAUGUACCCACUUGUGUCUAUAUUUCGACCCACUUUUGUCCAAAUUGUACCCACUCGCGUCCACUUACGGACGGCGGAAAUCGAGCGAAAUCGACCUCCACGUCACCGCACGGCGGAACAUCGAAUAGCCUCCGAACGUCUCAGAACCUCCCCACACCGUAUCCAUGGCAUCUUUCCUAUCCACGGCUGCCGACUGCGGACCGACCGCGGAGGAACAUGUCAGAAACACACCAGCCCCCUUCGGUACCGGCACGGGAGGAUACCAGGCACGGGAAGAAUACCGUUCGCCACGCUACGUCGUUCGCUGCUACUUUGUGGAUGGUGGGUUAAGGAAGAAAUGGGCCGCACAUUGCGUACUCCGGAGUAACCAUAGGAGUUGGCAUGCACAUGGUUUCAUACUUUGCAUGCAUACCAAGUACUUCGAAGCACUACUAGUUCAGGGGUGCCGCGCUUAGGGUUGCGUGGUAAACUGCCUCGACAUGCUGCUACUGCCCUCACGAGUCGGUGUGCACUCGUCGUGGUGGUGUUUUUGUGUGUGUGGCGCGCGUGUGUGUGUUGUUGCUGUAUGCGCGUCUUUUUGUUCUGUAUACGCGCCCGUUGGUUUUGUUGUCCGUUAUGUGUCACGCAUUUAGUUGUGGCGUUUGCCGUUAGUGCGCUGCUUGCCGGGCUUGUCGCGGGCAUCUUCCCGUGCCUGGCAUCCUCCCGUGCCUGGCAUCCUCCCGUGCCGGUACCGAAGGGGCUGGCAUAUUUCUGACAUGUUCCUCCGCGGUCGGUCCGCACUCGGCAGCCGUGGAUAGGAAAGAUGCCAUGGAUACGGUGUGGGGAGGUUCUGAGACGUUCGGAGGCUAUUCGAUGUUCCGCCGUGCGAUGACGUGGAGGUCGAUUUCGCUCGAUUUCCGCCGUCCGUAAGUGGACGCGAGUGGGUACAAUUUGGACAAAAGUGGGUCGAAAUAUAGACACAAGUGGGUACAUGAAAAAAUUAGUUGACGCCGCUGGGUAUACCCACCGCGUUGUCGGACAGAAUUGGGCACU